GUCCGUCCGGGAGAGAGCCGCUCACCAGAUGGGGAGAGCCAAACCGGGGAUGGAAGAUGACGGACCGAUAGCUGACGCCUGUAAAAUGCCGAGUUUUAUCAGCAGUUUCGAGGAGGGGAGGGUGAAAUUGUCCCGCAACCUCCCGACAGAAACUUCCCUCACGGACGGUAAAGUUGAGCGGCAGGUCAGAGAUUUAAACCGACGUGUCACCAGAUCAAACUCUCGGUUAUCACUCGACGGAGGAGAGAGGGAGUCGGAGGAGAGGAGCAGCGAGGAGGAGAAGGAUGCGGAGGGCAAUAACAACAACAACUGCAACGGCGGAGGAGAGAGGAGGAGGGCGAGCGCUGUCGAGAUUUUGAGGAGGAAUUUCGGGGUGUCAAAGUCUCCCUCUCUCCGUUUGAACACAAGCGGUCGGAUGCAGUGCGGCGCCGAGCUUGAAAACCAUCUAGGAAACGUUAACAACGACGUUACGAACGGUCAUGGAAGUGAAUGUGGCGACUGUAAAAAGUCGGACCGAGAAACGGACGAAGCUGCGACGAAAAACGAGCCAACCUCGAGCGAGUUAACGACUUCGGAUGCACAUGUAGUUCAGUGCCAUCAUAUAUGUGCCAGUGACAACAACACAGUAAGUUUAGACGAGUCUUUCAGUGUCAAAGAACACGUCUACUGCACUGUUUACUGCAUCGCCAACGACAGUCAUCAAAAAGACGCUAAUAUCACAAACCGCUACGAUGAAACGGUCACGUCUGACGCACCAGAAAUGGACUUGGAGACAGGACAGGAAGGAGGUUCGAGUCCCGAACCGGCAUUGUAUACUCUGGAAGACCUGGUGGAUCCGUUCGGGGAUAUCUCCCAUCAGCUGUACAGGGCGCAGGCCAGUGCAGAGAGUGCGAUACAGAGUUGCCGGGUGUGCCUGGAAGACAAAACCAUCGCACCUCUGCCCUGCUGCAGGAAGGCCGUGUGUGACGAGUGUCUGAAGCUCUACGUCAGCUCUCAGGUGCGAGUGGCCAAACCUUACAUCAGCUGUCCGAUCACGGAGUGCAGUGGCAACCUGGAGGAGGGAGUGGUGAUUUCCCAUUUGGCCAAUGAGGAUGUGGCAAAAUAUCGUUACUUUUUGGAGCUGAAUCAGCUGGAUUCGAGCACGAAGCCCUGCCCCCAGUGCAGUCAGUUCACCUCUCUGAAGAAGCACAACCCCAACCACUCCGAGCACAAGUACAAGAUCCAGUGUAGCAAUUGUCAGUUUGUGUGGUGCUUUAAAUGCCAUGCGCCCUGGCACAAUGGCCUCAAAUGCCGCGACUACAGGAAAGGAGACAAGCUGCUACGAACAUGGGCAAGUGUCAUUGAACAUGGACAAAGAAACGCCCAGAAAUGUCCACAGUGCAAGAUCCAUAUUCAGCGUACAGAGGGAUGUGACCAUAUGACUUGUACACAGUGUAACACAAACUUCUGCUACCGCUGUGGAGAACGCUAUCGACACCUAAGGUUUUUUGGGGACCAUACAUCCAACCUCAGCGUGUUUGGCUGCAAGUAUCGCUAUCUGCCCGAUAAACCUCAUCUUAGACGGCUCAUUAGAGGCUCUGUCUGUGCCACUAAGGUGCUGAUAGCUCCAGUGGUCAUUCUACUGGUCGUGGUGCUUGGAGCUCUUGCACUGGUGAUAGGUUUGGUAGUUUUCCCGGUCUACUAUGUGUGUAAGAGGAAGAAGAAGCAGCGCACUCAGGGCUCUGGACGGUGGAUCUGACACCUGCCCUGCACUACAUCAAGACCACGCUCACACAGCUUGAAUCGACAACACCCACAUAUCCUCAGGGACAGACAUGCCAGCCUGAGUCAUCGCAAAAGUGUGAGAGGAACAUCAGAAAAUGAACCUGACUUGGAUAUUCAAGCUGAAACAGACAUAAAACCCCAUCUGAAUCCUGGAGGAACUGCUGUUUUGUACAGUGCUGCUCACAUAAUGGAUAGUAAGUGUUUGAAUCCCUUAAAAUGUAACAAACUUUCAUAACUGUUAGGACUUUCCUACUGAUCAACCCUUGUCCCACACACAUUACAGAAAGUUUCAGCAGUGCACAUUUGCGGACGGAGUCAGUUUCGUUUACACCCGCACUUGUGAGAAUACAUUAAAAGAAGAAGCUGGAAGCCCAUUGCUGAUAUGUUACGAAUUAUGGAUUUUGUAGACGAGAGGAUUUGAUAAUGUUGAUUACCAGAAAAAUGUUACAAGGAACGCUCACUGGAGGAAUUCACAGGUGAACAACGCGGAAAUACGAGGAAAUGAUAUCGUCCUUAAUUGCAAAAGUUGCUUGCGCUGCAGGUAGCGAGGAAAAAGUGUAAGAUGGAAGCUGAAUUCAGAACAAGCCAUGGAGGAGAAAUGAGUUCUCACUGAUGCAACAAGAACUGGACAUUGACUUUGUUCUUCUUCCUCUGUUGGAAAUGCAGUUUUCAUCGGAUAUUGACAAUUUCCAUUGCAAUUUGUGUUUCUGACAAGCGCACACUGUGGAAAAUAAAAGGACUAAACUUGAAGGAUGAUACUACUCAGACACUGCUAUUCUUGGCUACCCUGAAUAAUACUGACUCUGCCUGAUCCUAAGUUCUUGCUAUAAGGCUUGAAGGUGACUGAAAGUGACCUCUGAAUGAAAUAUUGGAAAACACCGAUAGAAUUUUAGUGAGCCUCCAUUGUUUUCCGUUGUGGUU